GCCAUUUGGCGUCCACCCUGAAUUUGUCUACUUAGACCGCCACCUCCAACUCUCCCGGGGCUUGGGGGCCGAGGGGGGCCGCUCGUGUGCGCGGCGGCUGCCGCGCCUGCGGGGAGGACCGCGGCAAGCGCACGGGGGCAGCAGCGCCGAGGGGCGCCCCGCGCCGGCCGGCCCUCCGCGAUCGGCUAGCCUCGCCUCCCCGCGCCGCCAGCCCGGCCCCCUCCCCAUCCCUCCCUUCGCCUCGCCUCGCCUCGCCUCGCCUCGCCUCGCCUCGCCACCCCUCCCCUCCCCUCGCGGCCGGCGGAGGGAUCCGCCGCUCCCGGCGCCGCAGCCUAGCCUGGAGGGCGGUGGGUGGGGCGCCCGGCCCGCCCGGCCGGCCGCGGGAGGCGCGAGGCGGGGCCGCGGCCAGAUCCGCCCCCUCCGGCCCCGCCCCGCCGCCGCGGGCUCCUCCCAUUGGCCCCCCUGCCUGCCCGUCAGCCCCGGGCCCCACCCCUCAAGCUAGGCUGAGCUGUGCCUACGUCGGCCUCGACUCCCGGGGGCUGGAGGAGUUACCUUUGGAGCCCGAAAGGAGGAAGGAAGCAAAAUAUCAACAACGCCGAGGCGGCUCGGGCGCUCGGCCCCGGUUCCCCCUGCCCGCCGCGCGCCUGUCCGCCCCCGCGCCCCCGGCGGGGGCCCAGGCCCCCCGGCGCCGCCCAGGGCCCGCGCGGACGCCGGCCUCAUUUGUUAUUCCCCCCGCCCGGAGCUGCGGCUGCCCGGUGUUGAAGAUCCCCCGGACCGGGGGCGAGGGCCACCCGUCCCAGCCGUGACACCCCCUUCCCCCAGCGGGGCCGGAGGCUGUGCAGAAGGUGUCCUGCAGACCAUGAACUGAGCCCUGGUCCCAGGCCGUUCAUGAGCACAGUGUAAGGCGUGCCGAGACCCGCCACCCAGCGAUCCCCUCCCCUCCCUAGCACUGAGGAUCCCCGGAGAAGAUGGGGAGGAAAAAGAUUCAGAUCCAGCGAAUCACUGAUGAGCGGAACCGACAGGUGACGUUCACCAAGCGCAAGUUCGGGCUGAUGAAGAAGGCGUACGAGCUGAGCGUGCUCUGUGACUGCGAGAUCGCGCUCAUCAUCUUCAACCACUCCAACAAGCUGUUCCAGUAUGCCAGCACCGACAUGGACAAGGUGCUGCUCAAGUACACCGAGUACAACGAGCCGCACGAGAGCCGCACCAACGCCGACAUCAUCGAGACCCUGAGGAAGAAGGGCUUCAACGGCUGUGACAGCCCGGAGCCCGACGGGGAGGACUCGCUGGAGCAGAGCCCCCUGCUGGAGGACAAGUACCGACGCGCCAGCGAGGAGCUGGACGGGCUCUUCCGGCGCUACGGGUCAGCCGUGCCGGCCCCCAACUUUGCUAUGCCCGUCACGGUGCCCGUGUCCAACCAGAGCUCACUGCAGUUCAGCAAUCCCAGCGGCUCUUUGGUCACCCCCUCCCUGGUGACAUCAUCCCUCACGGACCCCCGGCUCCUGUCCCCCCAGCAGCCAGCGCUGCAGAGGAACAGCGUGUCUCCGGGCCUGCCCCAGCGGCCGGCCAGCGCAGGGGCCAUGCUGGGGGGAGACCUCACCAGUGCUAACGGAGCCUGCCCCAGCCCUGUCGGGAAUGGCUACGUCAGUGCCCGGGCUUCCCCCGGCCUCCUCCCUGUGGCCAAUGGCAACAGUCUAAACAAGGGCAUCCCUGCCAAGUCUCCGCCCCCGCCCGCCCACAGCGCCCAGCUUGGAGCCCCCAGCCGCAAGCCCGACCUGAGGGUCAUCACUUCCCAGGGAGGAAAGGGCUUGAUGCAUCACCUGAACAACGCCCAGCGCCUUGGGGCCUCCCAGUCGACCCACUCGCUCACCACCCCGGUGGUUUCCGUGGCAACACCGAGUUUACUCAGCCAGGGCCUCCCUUUCUCCUCCAUGCCCACUGCCUACAACACAGAUUACCAGCUGACCAGCGCAGAGCUCUCCUCCCUCCCAGCCUUCAGCUCGCCAGGGGGGCUGUCGCUCAGCAGCGUCACCGCCUGGCCGCAGCCGCAGCAGCCCCAGCCGCCCCAGCCGCAGCCGCCCCAGCCGCCGCCGCAGCAGCCGCAGCCGCCCCAGCCGCCCCAGCAGCCCCAGCAGCCCCAGCAGCCACCCCAGGCGCAGCCCCACCUGGUCCCCGUGUCUCUCAGCAGCCUGAUCCCGGGCAGCCCCCUGCCCCACGUGGGGGCCGCCCUCACGGUCACCACCCACCCGCACAUCAGCAUCAAGUCAGAGCCGGUGUCCCCCAGCCGUGAGCGCAGCCCUGCGCCGCCCCCUCCAGCUGUGUUCCCGGCCACCCGCCCUGAGCCUGGCGACGGCCUCAGCAGCCCCGCCGGUGGCUCCUACGAGACCGGGGACCGGGACGACGGCCGGGGGGACUUCGGGCCCACGCUGGGCCUGCUGCGCCCGGCCCCCGAGCCCGAGGCCGACGGCUCUGCUGUAAAGAGGAUGCGGCUCGACACCUGGACAUUAAAGUGACGAUUCCCACCCCCCUCCUCUCAGCCUCCCUGAUGAAGAGUUGACAAUCUCACCGCCCACCCCUCCCCGCCCCGGGCUCCUCCCGCUCGACCCCACUUCCUUUUGUGCCCCGUGUCCUGUUGACGGUUACAUUUGUGUAUAAUUAUUAUAUUAUUAUUAUUAUUAUUAUAUUUUUUUUAAUUUGGAUUCUCGCUUUGGAGAGGGGAUGCUCCCGUCCCCUCUUUCUGCACCCCCACCAUUUUACUGGCGAGGGGUGCUGUUUUUGCGGGAAGGGGGGGGGACACUUUGCACGUUGUUCACAUAUGCUGCAGGAGGGGGUGGGGAGCCCGAUAGGCCUUUGGGACAGGACAGGUGCCGAGCCCUCCCGCCCCGUCCCCCAGAGAGAGGGAGAUAACCAAAAAAACUACCAAACAGCAAACCCCCUUACAAUAGACUGAGCCCCAAAGUCGGCUGGACGGGUGGGUUUGUGUUUCGGGGGGGAGGUGAGGCAGAGGUUCUGGAAGGGGUCUCUGCUUCUGGGCUGUUCCUGCGGCCACAGGCACGUGGGGUGGAGUAUCCAAGCCCAGCCCCUUCAUGCCCCCCCCCCCCCCACACGACACACCCUCACUGAUUCUCGAGCGAGCUGCACCCCCCAGGUGUGGGAGCGCCGGCCGAGCUUGUGGGCUGGGAAGGCCACCCGGGAAUCUGAGGCUGGGGGCAGAGAGCUGGGGUGAGGGGCGGAUCGGGGCCCCCUUCCUUCCCUAGCGGUUUCUCUAAGACACACAGUGCAAUAGCCCCAUCCCUCAGCCGACACCAGCCCCAGGAAGCGGCCCCAGAGCGCAGGGAGGGGAGGGAAGCUGCAGUGAGGCUGCUCAGCAGGGUCGGAACCCUCGCGUCCAGCGGCAGGUGUGAGUGGGGCUCGCUCUUCCUUGCACGGACACGUCCCCACACCCCCGUAGGAGGGACGCCGGGGUGGCGAGAGGGUGGGAGAAGGGAGAUGGGGGAGGAGGUCCGCAGAAGGCCCGCCUCCCUCCUUCCCGCCUGGGCCCUCCCUCCCCGGCCCCCUCCGGGCCCCUGCCACCCCCGCUCUGGGCGUCCUCCUGGUCUGCUACCUCCUGUCCCCCCACCCCCAGGCCGCAUCCCGCCUUCCCUCUUGGCUACUGUAAUUGUAAAUAGCAACCUUUGGAAAACGUUAGCAGUGUAACAGUCCAGGAAACUGUUUUUUUCUGUUGUUGUUGUAUUGAUAUGAAAUGAGAUUCUAUUUUUGUCAAAGUAUAUUGUAAUAAUAAUGACUCAAACGGCCCGUACUGUACAGAUGGGAUUCUUCUGCUGUUGUUCUUGCCCCCCUCCCCCCCCGCCCACCCCCCCCUGCUGCCCCCCCCGUGGGGGCCGCCCCCGCACGGGGUCCUGAGACCCCC